AUGGAAAAGUCGCAAUUACAAGCGGAAAACCAACGAUUGUACCAAACGAACAUGACUCAGCGUUCUCUCGCCGAACCUCGGAACGUAGCAACGGAAUUAGAUUUGGACGUGUUUAAGUUAAUCACGGAUUCCAGCAUCACGGACAAAAUCCAAAACCGUCGGAUGCAGUUUGGCGUAACGGAAGUCGAUCAAUUGUAUAAGGAUCUCGUGAAUCCCCUAAGGGAUAUCCCAUAA